AUGUCCUUCCGCCUAUUCACCCACCAACCCACAACCCUCCUCCGCCUCGGCCUAGGCGUAAGCCUCGGUCUCUCCGCCGCAACCCUCCACCCGUCGUCACCAUUCCGUGCAUCCCCAAUGCGCUGCGACUACGCCGAGCCCACGCCAGGAUACCAAAGGAGCGUCUUUCAGAGCAGCAGCGCAGAACAGAAGCCUGUUCGGAAUGGGCUGUUGAAUCCGCAGACGAUGCGGCAGGUUAGUUUGGGGAGUGUGUUGGGGCUUGUUGCUGGUGUUGGAUUGAGGGCUUUCUCGAAGGCUUUGGUUGUUCUUUUGGGGAUGGGGGUUGUUCUUGUUGAGUACGCUGCAUCGAAGGGGUACAAUAUUCUCCCUCUCAAUCGGAUUCAGAAAUAUGUUAAGGGGGUGGAUUUACGGCAUGCUAUGAGUGAGCACAGGCCGUUUAAGAUCAGUUUUGGUGCUAUGAUGGCGAUGGCGGCGUUUGCCAAUUUCUAG